UUAUGGUAUUUUCUGAAAAACAUAUAGUGUCCAGCGGGCUGCACACUUGGUACAAAAUGACAAUGAGAAAAGAAUACACUGAAGACAAAAUUUUGGAGCUGCUAUUGGAGAGUGAUAUUGAAGACGCUUCAGAUGACAGUGAUAAUGAAUUGUUAGAUCACAAUGCGCAUGAAGAUGCUAUUGUUUUCGAAGAUGACGCAGAUAGCGACUUUGAUGGUGUUGUUGCUGAAGGCGCAAAAAAACUUUUUGAUGAGGAAGUGCUUUGCGUCGAUGACAUGUCAAAGUUAUCAAAUAGAAAUAUGAAAUGGGUGUUUAAGAAAUUUAAUACAACGUACGAGGAGUUAUCCAAUGAGGACUCAUGGAAUGUUGAAAAUCGAGAGAAGUGGACACCUUUUAAUUAUUUUUGUGAUUAUUUCAACGAAAAUUUUUGGGCUUUUGUUAGUGAGCAAAGUAACAUACAUGCAUUGCAAUGCAAUGUUGAUUUAAAGUCAACCCCAAAUGAAUAUAAAAAGGUAGUUGGUGCACACAUAAUUGCAGGUUGUAUGAAACUUCCUAGAAUUAGGAUGUACUAUAAACCCUCCAUUAAAGUAGCUGCAAUAACCCAAAUUCCGAGAGAAGGAGAAAAACAGACUUUGGAAAAUUCAACCUAUUUUGGAUACAGUUAUUAACAAAUGCAAUGCAAUUCCAAAGAGUAAAAAAUUGAGUAUCGAUGAACAAAUGAUCCCAUUUACUGGAACUACUCAAUUAAAGCAAUAUGUGAAAUGUAAGCCGAAUCCAGUAGGCUUAAAAAAUUUUGUAUUGGCUUCUCCGGAUGGGCUUGUCCUUGAUUUUUUCAUUUAUCAAGGAGCAAAAACAUGGCCCUGUGGAAAACCCAAUCCAGCAUUGGGCAUUGGAGGCACAGUUGUAGAAAGACUGACCAAAAACGUUCCCAAAGGCAGUGAGAUAUUUAUGGAUAGAUAUUUUACGUCCAUGAAUUUACUGACUUUUCUCUUAGAAAAUGAGAUAUAUGCUACGGGAACAAUUCAACAAAACCGUAUCCCAAAAGAAUUGCGCACAAAGCUAUCUCUUGAUAAAGAUCUUUUAAAGAAAGGAAGAGGUAGUUUCGAUGAGAUAGUCAGGCAAGAUGAAAAAAUAUCUGUCAUCAAGUGGAUGGAUAACAAAUCAGUAUUGCUAGCUACUACAGCGGUUGGAUCCGACCCAAUUCAAACUGUUCGGAGAUGGAAUAAAACUACAAAAAAAUAUGUAAAUAUUAAUUGUCCAAAUGCCAUUACAAGGUAUAAUAACUCAAUGGGUGAUGUCGAUCUUGCAGAUCGAUUGAUUUCCUAUUAUCGCAUUGCUAUUCGCACAAAAAAGUGGCCUGUUAAAGUAUUUUGGCAUAUGGUUGAUCUGAUAAUAACAAAUUGCUGGGUUAUGUACAAGAAGGACAAAUUUGCGUGUGGUGUAUGCAAAAAAGAGAUCAUGGACUUGCUUGAAUUCAAACUGAAUAUUGGAGAAUGCUUUGCUGCAUGUGCAGAAUCCAAAAGAAGAACUUAUGAUCAAGCGUUCACAGAGAGCAGUUCAAGUGAUAAAGAUUUAUUGGUUAGAAAAAAAACCAAAACACCAAAUCCACUUCCACCAGAGGAUGUCUGCCGUACUGAAAACAGACAUUUACCAAUAUGCGGUGUUACAGAUAAAAAUAAGUUUAUGCGCUGUCGCAGAGAGGGUUGUCAUCAAAAAACUAGAUUUAAAUGCACUUCGUGUAAUGUUUUUUUAUGUAUAGCUAAUGA